CAUCGUAACUACGGAUUUGGAAUUCGUCAUUUACAAAUGCUGUGUAUGUGUUUGAACAUGGUGGCGUUAUUUAUCGCCCGCGGCAGCAUGGGCGUAGCGGUUCUGGCUAUGACGGAUCCAAACAGACAAAAAGAUUCCAAGGUUGAGAUAUACGAAUGGGAUAAAAAAACACAAGGUAUUGUACUAUCCUCGUUCUUCUGGGGCUACAUGAUCAUGCAGGUCCCCGCUGGGAUCCUGUCCAAGCGGUUUGGAGGGAAGAUGGUGCUGCUGGUUGCCUUGUUGACGAACGGUUUCAUUUGCGGAUUUCUACCUUCGGUUAUUAAAGUGGGUGGCUGGCCUAUAGUAUGUGCUUGCAGAAUGGUCAUGGGACUGAGCCAAGCCUGCUUGUACCCAGCAAGCCACACUCUUCUGGGAAGGUGGCUGCCGGAACAUGAGAGGACAUCUUACGCAGGCAUUGUAUAUGGAGGCAGCCAAAUAGGCAUCGUAAUAGCAAUGCCUCUAUCUGGCCUACUAGCUGCAUCAGCCAUGGGCUGGAAGCUGAUAUUCUACACAAUAUCUGCUAUUAUGUUUGCAAACGCUUUCAUUUGGUACUUCUUCGCUGCAAGCACUCCGGGCCAACAUCGUCUAAUGUCGGUGAGGGAAAGGGAAUAUAUUGAAAGUGGGUUAAAUACAACCACUUCUAAAAGUUUCCACACACCUUGGCGGUGUAUUCUAACCACUAAAGCAUUUUGGGCAGUUUUAGCGGCUCAUGUCGGCUGCUCCAUCGUAUAUAUUCUGUUUUUCGUAGACAUGCCCACGUACUUGGAGAAGGGCUUGAAAAUCAGUUUGACUAAUAGUGCUACGCUAUCCGCACUCCCAUACAUUGGCAUGUUGAUCGGUAACAUAGUUUCGUCAGUAGUUUGUGAAAAAAUUUUCAAUAAAGGAUUCCUGAGAUUAGUUACCUUGCGGCGAUUAUUCAAUUCUAUAGGUGUAGCUGGUGUGACUGUAGGAUUAGUGGGUUUAUCCUGUAUUGGACCAGAAAGUAAAACCCUGGCUAUAGUAAUGCUGACCGUGACGCUUACUCUGUGUGGAUUCCUCUCCGCCGGUUUUAUUAUGAGCCACUUAGAUUUAUCACCGAACUACGCUGGAGUGAUGCUUUCACUCACUAACUUCAUCACAACUAUGGGCGCAGUCUGCACCCCGAUUGUGACAAGUUUAAUUCUAAGAAAUGAUCCUACAGACGUUGGGCGCUGGCGCAUUGUGUUCCUGGCGACGGCAGUAGUGGGCGUCAUCAGUAAUACCCUUUAUGUGCUCUUCAUCAGAGCUGAUCGACAGGAAUGGGACGAUCCACACUACUUGGAUAAGAAUGGUGAUCCUGAGGAACUGAAGCCAGCGUUAAAAAUGAACAACGAAGACGCUUUAAAAACACAAAACCAACUAGAAAAAGUAGAGGAAAACCAAACGGAGAAUUAA